AUGGGAACGGCGGCCGAGGCCGACCCACUCGGUUGGACGGGCUCCCGGCCGGAGUUUAGGCCGCUCCUUUGGCACCGGGCCCGCCGGGACGGCAGCACCCUGCCCGCGUCUCCGCCCCGCUUCAGCCCCGGGCGUCGGCACUCGUGCGGCCAAGGCCGAGCCCUUCGGCAGGCGCGGGGCCGGGAGUUGGGCGGACGGUGCGUGAGGUUCCCCUGCCCCAGGGCCUCCCUUACGCCACGGUCCUACGUCGGGGCUGUCGCCGAGUGCGGCACGAGACCUUCUGUACACAUUGUGAAGUGAGAAAGACCCUCAAAAGUCAAAUGUCCACGCUCAGCUUGGUGAUAGAGGUGAAGGUGCCGAUAUUCUGAGCAUGGCUACUGGGCUGAUCCAUUUCCCAGCCUGCAGUUUGUGUUUCAAGGGCGAAGAUUCAGUGCCUGCAUAUAUUGGUCGAAGAUGGAGGACUCAGCAGUGCCUGGAGGCUCUUCAGCAGCUUGCUGUAGGUCAGUCUUCUCUUCAGAUACCUCGGAUUGUGUAUGAAGAUCCUGAAGUUGAUGGAAGAAAUCGCUACAAAUAUUUUGCACAACCUCUUAAGCUGCCUCCAGCAGGUGUUCCAGAAGCUGUUGCUCAUACAAAGGCAGAGACUGAGUCGCAUGUCCAGUCAGCUGCAGGAGACAGCCAGGUCUUUGGCCUCAUGUUCCGAACUCUGGGGACCCAGACAGAUUACAGGGAUGGUGAAGGACAGACAGAUCCCUAUUCCCCUGUAUAUAUAGUUCGCAGUGGCUCAGUCCCUGAAAUUCUGACACUUGCUACACUCACAUGGGGUCGGGGGCUGCCAGCAGGACAAGCUGAGAUGGAGAUUAUUGACCGCAUCCGGGAAAAACACGCUUGGGAAGCAGCACUGCCACCCAUGGACAGUCCCUCAAAUGUUGCAAAGAGGUUGAAGAUGAUGGAGGCUAUGGAAAGGAAGGAGUGGGCCUAUAGAGAAAAGGAAAUAGAUAAAUUGCAGAAGGUUCAAAUGGAAGUCUUUAAGAAGCUUCUUCAGAGGCGAGAGGAGAAUCAGGAUGAGCUGGAUGCCAUGCGUUUGUACAACCACUGGCAAAAUCAUCAGAAGGCUAAAGAAGAGAAAAUAAGAAAGAUUCAGUGUGACUGUGCACUGAUGCUCAGGAAACUGAUAGCUAAGAGAAAGAAUUGGAUGGGAAAGAUGGAGAGACGAGAUAUCAUCAAAGAGUAUAAUGAAUUUUCAUCACAAACAUACGCUCCUCUGUCUCGAAUUGGUUUUUUCCCGGACAACAAUUCUGACUACUAUGUGGUAAAAAACUUCUAUCUUAACACUGUUGCAGGAUUGUGUGAACUGGAAAAAUCUGUCCAGCAUUCUGUCUCCCAGCUCAAGAUAAAAGCUCCAAAACCUAAAUGCACUAUCACUAAGGCUGGCUAUAUUAGAAGGUCAGGAAGACUAGAGGCCGUCCUGGCACAAGUUCACCAGGCACUACUGGAGAAGAAGAAUAAAGUCAAGGAGCCAAAGAAGCCUCCUCCUGUCCGUGAAAAAGUAGAAAGCCCUGUUCCUAAGCCACCCACUUUAAUCCUGGAAAAAACAUCAAUUGAGGAAGAGGAAGUAGACCUGGCAGUGAUGUGUCUGCAGAAGUUGCUCCGAGGCAGGGCUCUUCAGAACAUGAUGUUUGAAGGGAAGGAGCAGCGCCUGGAUCUGAUCCAAGAGCUGCGCACCAGUCACACACUCCAGGAGGAUGGACAGCUGCUCUUGAAGGCACAGAAGCAAAUGACACUGUCUUUACAGCGACAGCAUGACUCACACAUGCACCAGCUGUCCACACUGGAAAGAGACUUGGCUGCGGUAGAAGGAAGUAUACUGGCGAACAUGCUUGAUUUUCUGUCCAAAGAGCUGUUGAGGCUGCAAGAAGAACAGAAGAUCCAUGCUUUGAUCAUGCUGGCUGAGAGGCAGAGGCGGAUGCGGGAAGCAGAGGAGAGUGGACGGCGGCAGCUGGAAGAGAGCCGGCGGCAGGAGGAAGAUGAGCUUUUCAGACAGGUGGUGAAUAUUCAGGACAGAACCAUUGACACCUACUUGGAAGACAUUAUCCUGAGUAGCAUGGAGAGGACAGCUGAAGAGCAAACCAGGGAAGAAGUUCAGCAAAGGGCUGUAGAGAUCAAUGACAUUGCUUAUGAAAUGGAAAGUCGUCGAACUCGCCUACAGUCAGAAGAGAUUGUAGCAGAGCUGGUUUAUAAUUUCCUGAUCCCAGAAGCUGAGAAAAGCUUUAUGAGAGAAAGAGCAACGGGACCUGUUCUUCACAUGGCAGUUCUGCUUAAGCUUAAAUCAGCUCCCUUCACUCCAGCACUGCUUCUGCCAGCCUUCCAGAGCAGUGAGGCAGUCCCAAAGAAAACACAUCUACGCUGCUCAUCAGAUCAUCCACAGGGGCACAGAGAGGGCUCUUGCUGAUCUGGCACCGCAUCAGGAAGCAUCUGCCACCAAGAGAAAGGAGGAUUCUCCUGGUGGGACAGCCAGCACAGCUCUGAGUGGGACAGCUGCUGAAUCAAGUGCAGCUGACAGCACUAAGCCUGCCACAGUUGCACAUGAACUUGGACAAGGCUUCCACAAGGAUCCCACAGCUUCCUAGGACAGAAGAUGAGUGAGUUGAGUUUCCCUGUCCCUCUGUGAUUUGAGUUCAGAGCAUGGCGAGGGAAAGGGAAGCACAUUAUAUUUACUUUUUCAGGGCACCCUGAAUGGAAAACCCUCUCUCUUCUUUGGGCUGUCCCUCCUCCUACCUGCCAGGAGUGUUUUCCUGAACCAUUCUAUAUACAUUUUGGUGUGGCAGCUUCUUCCACUCCCCAAGUUUGCAUUGGACUUCAUUAGCUAAUUUUUCUCUUCUGAUUAUUUAGAGAAGCUUGAGUGAGAAAGCAGUGUUAGUAUUCCUUGUUUGUUUUCCUGGCACAGACCAAUAAAAAAUCUGAACCUGGACUUCUGGUGGUAUUUCCUUGCUUCAGUAACAUUAAAAGAAAAAAUACUGUGAAAGUGGGAAAUUGUGAGUUGAGACCAUCAACAGACAAGCGUGUCCCUGUGAUUUCCUUAGUAGUGUAAAGCCCAGUGGCUUCCUGCAUUAGCACUACUAUUAAUAAAGCACUGCAGCUGAACAAAACCAGUCAGAUUUUGCAUCAUUUUUUCAUAUCAUUAGUCCUUGGAGAAAGAAAAGGUGCCCCUGACCUCAGCAGGAUUGUUUCUGAUAAGCAAGCAGUGUUUGGCACAAACCUAGGUGAUAGCAGGAUGGCAUAGGCAUGGCAGGACUGAUGCAUUUUCCAGAAAUGUUACUCUUCGAGCUGACCGCUUCUUGCUUUUUAUCAUUGCAAAAAGCAGUUCUACACAGAAAGGAUGCUGGCUUUGCUGUGUGCUGGCUUUGCCAUGUUUGCAGGCACAGGGGUGCUCCAGCUCUGGUUAUUCAGGCUCAGACAGGCGCAGUACAUCUAUCACAGAUCUCAAGACUUUCUCAGCUCUCCAGCACUCACGUGUCAGAAUUCCCAGGGCUGUGGCCUUAGCACAUAAAGGGACAUUUACACCAAGCACUACAAGCACAGCCUCACCACCACACCCAAAAUGCUCAUUCAUUGAUGGCUACAGCUUAUGCAGGCAGCAGCAGUACUGGCCAUCAGUGCUACAGUGGCAAUGGGCUGAUCUCUCCCUGCUGCCAUCAUUUCUCCCUGUGCAUCGUCUUUUCCUUGUGCUUGGUCUGUAAAGGUCAGGUAUGGUUUGGCUAAUCCCAACCAUCCUGCCUCUCCUACAUAACACACACCAGCAGCUGGUCAAAAAAUGGUGCUCAUUAGUGCAUUCCUGUAAAAAUUCUGCAUCGGGUCUUUGUGUUGUGGGUGUCUUGGGCUGCAAUAUAGGAUGUGACCAGAAAUGUGUAUUCUGUCACCCAUCUCUUGAAGCUGGGUGGGGUAGUGACCCUUAUUUCUGUGGCAUGUAUUAGCUGCUAAUGGGCCAUCUUUAAGACUAGGUGGGGCAAUCAUCUUUAUCUUUUCAACAACCCAUCCUUCCUCCAGGAAGAUAUCAUCUGCUGCUGAGCCAUUAAGUCCCACUGUAUGACUGAUAAAAUUACAUCAUCCCAUUGGGAGAUGCUCCAGCCAGGGAGAGGAGCCAAGCCUUUCCUACCUAAAUAAGAAACUAAGAUUUGGGACAACAUGAUACCUUCUUUCCACUGCAUUCCAGAGGAAAACUGGACUUUUCCACAUCAUCACUGGACCUUCAGAGAAAAACUGCACUCUUCUACAGGACCAUGGCUUCAACUGCACCACAUCUGUCACUGCAAGAGGACUGUAGCCACCAUUUAAUCUGACUGACAGAGUGUCAGGUUGUAUUCUGACUCUGUCAGUGUUUUGGAAUUGUUCUUUGUAAUACUGUAUUUCUAUUUUAAUUUUCCUAGUAAAGAACUGUUAUUCCUAA